UCUUCUUUUGCUCUUUCCCGUUUACCGACUUGCUCUUGUGUUUCCGUUUUUCUUUUCGUUCCGUCUCAUCAAGAGCUUGGGUGUUCCCAAUAUACACAAAGAACUUGCGUCAUAUUCUUUGGUUUUUCCCAAUUUCCCGCCUUAUUAAUAAAACAAGCACGCACACUCGACCUUGUGUGUGUGUGACGAGAGUCUUGCUUGUUCGUCCGACAUUACCCUUGCUUGGCUAGCUACCAGACCUUUUAUCAUUCCUCGUGCUCCCCUUGGAGAAAGGGUAUAAAGUAGCCUUUUGUUCCGCGCCCCCUGCGUAACACACCACCCUCGGUUACCUUUCCUACAACACCUACAACACACCACAACAAUGCGUGUCUCGAACAAUUUCUCCCUUGUCCUCCUCGCUGCCGGCGUGACAGCCCAGUCGGUCGAGCCUGAGACAGGCAAACUCGGCGAUGCCACCAUCGUAAGCAACAACCCCGUCGGGGUCGUGUACAAGGCCGUCCUGCCGGCGGAGGCUUGGUUCAAGCCGGCGUAUCCAGAUGGGGGGAAUAUCGAGGGGGAGGUCACUGCUGUGGCUGCCGAGUCGGGGGAGGGAGUGGUGUAUACAUACAAGCUCUCCAACCUGCCCAAGGAGGGCGGGCCGUUCCCCUACCACCUCCACGUCGCCCCUGUCCCCGCCGACGGGAACUGCACCGUCACGCUCGCCCACUUGGAUCCGUUUAUCCGUGGGGAAAACACGUCUUGCAACCCGUUUGCUCCGCAGACGUGCCAGGUUGGGGAUUUGAGCGGCAAGUUUGGGGAGAUCAGACCUGAGGAGGAUGGGACGUGGGAGACGACGUAUACGGACUUGUACUCGUCGACGCUUGAGGGGUUGGGAAGUUUCUUUGGGAACAGGAGCAUCGUGUUUCAUUAUCCUAACAAGACUAGGAUUAGCUGUGCCAACUUCGAGAAGGUGGAAGGGGGGGUGAGCAGCAGUGUGACGGUGCUGCCGACGGUGACGGGUAAUGGGAGUUAUACUAUUCUGCCUACGGGGGGUGUGAGCACUACUACCGGAGGGGGGCCGAGCACCACGAGUGAUGCGGGGGCUGGGACGGAGACGACCACGUCGCCUCCUUUGAGUGGAGCUGCUGGGUUGAGGGGGAGUGCGAUUGGGGCGUUGGUUGUGGGGGCGGUGGUUAUGUUUAUGUUGUAAGGGGGGUUAAAGUGAUGGAGGGUGGGAGGAUUGAGGCGUUGGGGGGCGUAUUAAAUUGGUUUUUCUUUUCUUGCUUGAGAUUCUUUGGUAGAUGAAAGCUAGGUUUAUUGUGUUGCUUUGGGCAUGGUUAAUUUGGGAGGGAAUGAAGGACUAUGAUAGGGUAAUGUUUAUAGCUGAAUGCAAUGGUCUUGAUAUGUUGAUGGGAGAGAUGGGGCUGUGACUUGGUAAUGGUGGUGAUUGCAACUCAGAGGGGCUCUCGAUCGAGUAGUGCCUUGAAAAGUAUGUUGAAAC